CUGGUGGGGAUUGGGGAGGGUGGGGGUGCUGGUGGAUGGUUAUGGCAUUGGGGGCUGGUGGUAGGAGUUGGAUGGUGGUGGAUUAAGGUGGCGGGUGGUGGAAGUGGUGGUUUAGGAAAAAAAAUUAUAAAUAUUUCAACUUUUUUUUUUUGAGACGAUUUUAAGUAAUUUUUUGAAGAGACGAAUAAUAUAUGAGCCGCCGUGAUCCCAACUCCCAAGUCCUAGCUCCUGCAGCGUCCUUUUUUAGUCCUAACUCCAGAGUCCAGAUUCUAUAUUCGUCUCAUCUGAUAUACACAACUCACAAGGUUCCAAGGCAAGCCAUUUUUCCUCUGCAGAAGAUGUUUCCUCACCAUUCCAUUCACAAAAUAAUGACAUCUUCUCAUGUAACCCAUAUCAAUCUUAAUUCCAACAGGCAAAUUCACUCUCUAAAACCCUCAUUUCACCUUCAUCCACCAACCCCUUAUAAAAAUUCCAAAUUAAUCCCCCCUAAAAUCAUCAAAUACCCGAUUUUCCUCAUCUCCACAACAAAAUCAACUCCCUUAAAUUGUAAUCUAGACAAUGCUGCUCAAUCCCCUAAAAAUUGCUUCGUCGGAGAUGAACCCAGUAAUUCUCAACUUACCCAAGAAUGUAAAAAAGAAGAAAAUAAGAACUUUUGGGCAGCUGUUAGUUUGAUAAUUGGGACUGCUGUAGGUCCCGGAAUGUUGGGUUUGCCAUCUGCAACCAUAAAAUCAGGUCCAUUACCAUCUUCUUUAGCUAUUUUACUUUCAUGGGUUUAUGUCAUUUCCUCCAUAAUCUUAGUUGCUGAGCUUAGUUUUGCAACAAUGGAGGAAGAUGGGGUGAAAGAAGUUAGCUUUACUGGGUUAGCAACUAAAGCAUUUGGUCCCCAAUUUGGUGCAUUUGUGUCAAUAGUCUAUGCUAGCCUUAGUUUUGCUCUUCUUGUUGCUUGUGUUUCUGGGAUUGGUUCUAUUGUAUCUCAAUGGUUUCCUGACUUAAAUCAAUUAACUUCCCAUGCUUUAUUUCCUCUGAUUCUUGGAAAUAUCAUGUGGUUCUUCCCAUUCCGAGCUAUCGAUUCGACCAAUCGAUUUCUGUGUUUUUUGAUGCUUAUUUCUAUCAUUACUUUAGUGGGUAUUGGUGUUUCAGUUGCAAGAGCUAAUCUUUUGGUUUCUUUGUCCAAUUCAUCUUGGUCUAUUUUCUCUCUUCUACCUGCCAUUCCUGUCACUGUUCUUACCUUAGGGUUUCAUGUAAUUACCCCUUUCAUCUGUAGAGUUGCUGGUGAUACUAUCGAUGAUGCUCGAAAGGCAAUUCUCAUCGGUGGUACUGUUCCAUUGAUAAUGGUGUUGUCAUGGAAUCUUAUUGUGUUAGGACUUGCUGGAACUGGGAAAGCUCAAUCAUCUUCUUUCCCAGGAGACCCUAUUAAACUGUUGUUGUCUGUUAAGUCUUCUGCUUUGUUUGCUGUCCAGGGAUUUGCAUUUUCUGCUUUGGCUACUAGCUUCAUUGGUUAUGCUGUUAGUUUUCCCAAACAGCUAAUUGACACUUUGGAGUUGAUUUUUCGGUCCAGUAAAUCAGAAAAUGAAUUAGGUCUGAAACAUUCAAUGAGGGAAACUACGAUUGGAGAUGCAAGUGAUGAAUCAAGCUUGAGUAAAAAUUGUUUUAAGAAUCUUGAGGGGUUGAUAUCUGUUCCUCUACUUCUUGUUCCGGUUCUUGUUGCUUCGUUCUAUCCAUCGACAUUCUCGAAGGCUCUCGACUUUGCUGGGGUGUACGCAAAUUGUUUUUUGUUUGGUAUUCUUCCUCCAGCUAUGGCAUACAUAUAUAAAUCCAGGAGGAAACUCAGGUCUUCUUUGCCUGGUGGAAAUGUGGUGCUCUUGAUCCUAUUCAGCAUUGCUGUCAUACUGAGCAUCUGGCAUUAGAUAAAUGAAGAUGAUCAACUUCAGAAUUCGAAAUUUGUUCUGCCAAGCAUAAAUCCGACCAAGUUUGAUGAACUAAUUUUCUCUCUGCAUGCUUUCUCUCUGCAUGGCUAAUGCCAUUAGAGGCUGAUCAUGAGAACAUCUCACCGAGGUAACUUGGCGAAUAUUAUUCCUGAGUACUUGUAAAGUUGGAACUAUUCAAUUAAUUGAGUGGUAAAUUUCUUAGAAAUGAUUCCUCAUAGGUUAAUGAUUGCUCUUGGAAUCAACAUUUUUUCUUUGUGAAUCACAAGUAUGCACAUUGAUUAAUCAUAUGCUUUUGUUAUCAUUUAUCAUGUUAGUCAACUGGGAUCACUAACUUCUUUUUAACAAUUAUGAAUUGUAUUUGCUUUUGUUUCCCUGACCCAUUUGUUAGAACAAUUGAAGUAUUGACAUAGAUACACUAUUCAUUAUUUGAAGCAUUCUUGUCAUGCAUGAACUUAUCUAUACACUUGAUGAAGAAUACAAUUUCUUAAAGACCAACAUAUAAACACAUAGAGCGGGACACAAUGUAAGACGAGGCUAACUUAGGCCUUACUCCUCAAUAUGUGAAGGAGGAGGGCUAGAUCCAUAUUUAUAAGCCACAAAGGCUCCAAUCGCCACCAUUGCUGCAACUGCAACUCCUAAACUCACGGCAACCUUCUUCUGCACUUGCAAUCUUCCUUGGGAGUAGCUUCCAUUUCCAAAUAUGUUAUCAUAAAUAGUACUUGUUCCUCCUGCUUUACCAUUUUCAGAACUUGAAGCCUUUAGAUUGUCACCGUUAGGAGCCAGGGCCUCUGCUUUCGGCUUUUGUGUAAUCUCUGAUUCUGGAGCACUUGAUGAUGUUAUCUCUGGCUUUGGCUUUUGCUGCUGCUGCACAGGGGGAGCGGCUUUUAUCGGCAUGACAACAUGAAGGUGGCCACCACUGAAUUUUGCUCGAAUGUCAUUUAUUUCGCAGCCUUGUGGAAUCUUGGUUUCCUUGAGGAAGCGGCUUCUUUGGGUUCCAUCUGCAGUUGUCUGCCUCUCUCCGCUUACUUUGAUAACUCCAAGAUUAUUAACUUGAACUCUGAGUUGAUCUCUUUUGAAAUCUACACAUUUAGAGGGAUGAUCACAAAAAUGUUAGUGCUAUGUUUUAAUACCAAUCCAUGUUAUUAUAUUAAUAUGUUCAAUAUUACAUUGCAUUUAUCUUUAUUGAUUCUCA